AUGACGCGCAAACGGCGGCAAGAUACCUACCGUCGUGAUACUAGGGCCUCUAAGCGGGCUCAUCUGGAGGCACACACCAAUUCUAGCUCUGACUCAGACUCGGAGGACUUCGAUGGUCCACUUGAAAUCUGGUUGUCCAGUGGGCAGUCCGCUGUGUGCUGCGAACGAUUGCAUACUCCGGUGCACUCUGAGUCAAGUACAUUCUUCUCACUCCCUACCACCACCUGUCCCUUAUUAGCUGCAGUGGGAAUGUCGUUUGGGCAGUAUGGUUUUGUCUGUGACAUUACAUCUAGUCUUGUGCCUACUGCUCACCUGUCAGUUCACAUGGAGCACCUCCACCACAGACAGAAGUUAAGAAAUCGGACACCUUCAACAAUUAAAUCGGUUCUAGUUACCCACCUACUCAACAGCCACUAUCUCACGGCAACGACACCCUGUCCCAGCCCCCCGAGUGAUUUGUCCGAGUCCAUCCAGGGUCUUCAACCGGAGUGGUCAUCUCAUUGUCCACACCUAGGCUGUCGUCAUUGGUAUGCUGUACCUGCAGGGAAAUCUUCUAUCAAGGGUCAGCAGGCAGGCACUAGAAAACACAUCGCUGAAGCCCAUCCCGAAAAUGCCAAGAUUUAUCUGGCUAAGGUCCCUGAAAUGAGAUGGAUCUACCGCCCCUUUCGCAAAACUGUUCAUAGUGAAGACCGGCUGUUCUCAGUAGUCUGGCCUUUUAUCAAAGACUACAUUCCUGCAUCCUUGGCACAAGAUGUUAUUUCAGUGAGGUCCUCUCGCAUCCAAUAUACGGUUUCUGUCCACAGUCAAUACUUGACAGACCUUGGGUGGCAGAAAUUUAUUGCUAGCCUGGGCCUGCAACCAGGCGUUCUUCGUGGGCUGGUUAGGCUUAAAACAAAGAAAGAGGCACUAUCCUUGGAGGGAAUAGAAAAGCAGCUUGAGCUCGGUCUUAUUAUCAUUCGGAAGCUCUACAGGUCAUAUAUUGUGGACGUCCAAACCUAUAUAUCUUCCAAAAAUGACCCGCAGUUUCGUCAAGCAGUAACAAUGAACACCAAGGCGCACUUCAGAUCAUUGAGCCGAGUUUCUUACUACACCUACUCCAGACCUCUGUCUCGCUGCGUCUGCAUGCUCAUCAGAUGGAUCCAUGCUGAGCGCACCGGUGCUUUGGCGCCAUUCGGCGCUUUUUACAUCAGACGGAGUCUGGCCCAGGAGUACGCCACCAACAUGCUUUACCAUUACCUCAUUCAAACCAAGGUUCUCCGUCCUGCUGCGCUUCUCCAACUUCUGCACCAACUGCUUGUGACCCUCGUCAAGCAGAAAUUUACGAACCUAGAAACGAUGGCAUGUCCAACAGACUACACCCUAUGUAUCGGCUCACUGGCUGACAAUGGCGGGUUUCUACUUGCUACCACCACCGCCAGGACGUGUGCUGUGCUGCAGCAUAACUUCUAUACCACCAUCAUCCAUUCUGCUCGGCUUGAGGACCAUGGUUACCAAAGUUUUAUUCCAUUUCGUUUAGAUAAUUUCACCCUGGAUCCUGUACCAGAUGCAGGUGAGGCGCCUCAACCUAUGGAGGAGCCAGCCGCUGCCCCAGAUGAAGGAGAAGGUGCUGAUGAUAGUAUGGUGGCACAAUUCCGAGAAGUAGAGGAAGAGUUCUUAGAUGGUCAUGACGACGGUAUAGAUGCAGAGGAGGGAGAGCAUAAGCUACAGCAUGAAGCUGAAGCAGGAUGGGACUUUGAAAAAAAGGAAACUUUUCAUUCUUACUAUCUGAACGGCGACACUGCAGAGAACCUAGACAAAUAUUAUAACCCGCAGUCUUCUCUGGCAGCUCAGCGACGUCCACCAAACUUUGUAGCUCAGGUAGAUCGCAAUCCUGGGUCCUUGUCGGUCUUAAGUAUUUUGGCAGAGAAUUCGCACUACGUUCAACCCUUGCUUGCCAGCCAUCCCUCGUUUGCCACACCUUACAACCAAAUCAAGACUGCCUGGUUCCAUUCGAGGCCAACGUCAUUCAAAGAGAGACGAAACUACGGUUUUUUCUUCACUGAAGACGGGACUACCAUUACCAUGCGAGACGGCGACGACAUCUCCCGGAGUAUCCUGUUUUCAGACGUUGGGUCAUUGGCCAAGACCACGAUAGCAAAUAUAUCGGAUCAGAUAGUCCAGUGCUUGCCACAUGGUUGCAAAGAUCUUCUUCAACAGUUUCGUGGCAUCUCCAGUCAGUUAGUCGAUGACCUUACUAGUCCCGAUGCCAUUUUCCUUCAGCCUUCCAACCGCAUUCUUAUACAACCAUUGUUGGAUGCCAUGUUAAAACAUCUGUCAGACCCAAAAGAACUCAACCAUCACAUCAUGAUUUCUCCCUCUGUGAUUACUGAGGAGGCUGCCAGAAAGUGGCUGGCCUUUGACGAGCGAAUUCUUGGUCGAAUCCUGGUCGCCUUUCUCCUAACGUGUGGGAUACCUCCCCUACACUGGCAACUUCGGACCUUUCAAUUCCAGUCAGAUAGCAAGACUGACAUCCCUCGUAAUCUCUAUCUUCUAGGCUCCGAGCUUGUUAUAGGUCACCCGGCGGCUAGACAAACCAACCAGGUUUUGCAAGAGUGGCUGUGGGCCUUUCCUCCCAGUCUCGCCCCACUUAUUCUUUUCUACCUUGCAAUCGUACGGCCUAGCGUCGUUCACAUCACAGGCCUUCUUCAUUAUGUCAACAACGAUCACAAGACUCAUAUCUUUGCUCAUACCUUUCCUACUACUCGCCUUGAAUUUCCCCGAGUUUGGAAUGGAAGCGACGUUAAUAAGUUGCUGCAGAUUCAUACAUCCUCUCUCCCAGUUCUAUUAUCAUGCGGACUUCUGCGAAGCGUGAUAUCCGCCAUGUACAAUCAACUCUUCCCAGCUCUUUCCCAUGUCGGACCCUCAGAUGACUCCAUGGUGGAUCGCCAAGCCCAACACACAAGGACGACGGGCAACAUUCAUUAUGGGCGGUCUGAUCAUGUUCCCUUCGCUUUUGGAAUGACACUUGAACAGGCUCGCAAAUGCAUGGCCUCCAGCCAGGCAUUGCAUGCCUUCUAUGGGUUAGGCAGUCUGGAUCAUCAAUGGGCUGAGCGCUUACAAAACUCAGCGUUUCUGACUGACUUGAGGAACGAGAAUCUGGGUCUCAAAGAAGCAAGGAUUCUUGUCAGAGAGACGUACAACUUACACCACUGUCGCUUGCCACACCAGAUAGCUGGCCUUCUGGAGACUGCACCUUACUUAACUCUCAAAGACGGGGUUAUCGGAGAUGAGGUGCUUCGACGGGUGAUGCAUGCAGUGUUGUUUGGUAGUUCCAGACCCAAUAUUCUUGAUCGUCCUUCUGGAGGAGGAUACUUGAUUGCCGAUGUAUCAACCGCUGUGGUACAGAUUGUCAAAGCUGUGGAAGAAGUAGAAUGCGGAGCCCAGUUUCAUUCCCCAAGACAGAUGGACAUCAGCACCAUCAUUCACUUCGACGAAGUAGCAACACAAGCCCAAAGACACCUUGCUGCACUAAAAGACGACUUUCCUACUUCGUGGAUGAAACUAUGCACUGACGUCCAUAGGCUCUAUCAGAAACCAGAGUUGUCGAGAGAGAUGUCCUGGGUUGUAAGAGGAGUUCCUGGAUAA